AUUUUUUAAGAUUCGCGAAGGGUGACUUGUUAUUGUUUUGACUGGGGCAUAGAACCUGCAUAAAACAGACGGGGUGUAAGGAAAACGCAGAACGGAGAGAUGGCAAAAAUACAUCGCUAGCACAGACUCGUUGGGGGCAGGUUCUGGGGAGACUGCUAUCGCAAGAUAAAAGAGCAAAGUCAUCUUUCAGACGCCCCCCGGUCUACAGAGACACUUUACAGCCCUCAAUAACCAUUGCAUUUGAUGUAAGAAGUCGUUUGACGAGUUUGCAUGACUGGGUGACGCCAGGCGCCCUCUCAUUACACAUCAGACUACUAGCUACGUACUUCUCAGGACUGCGGAACAACCACUGCGCUGCUUUGUUUUUAUUCUACACCUGUUGUCAGUAUGGCUCAGCUGAAAAUAUCACUUUGCGUGUUGGUGUCUAUUUGUCUCGCCUCGGUUUUGUCCAUAGACAGCUCCGUUCAGUUUGCGUCCGAAAGUCUCAGUUCCUCCACUGUUCGCUCGGUGUGUAAGUCCAUCCCCAGCACACUUUCUCUGUGCCACGGCGUCGGUUACCGGGAGAUGCGGCUUCCCAACCUGCUGGGGCACGACUCGUUGAAAGUAGCCCAGCAGCAGUCGGCCGCGUGGCUGCCGUUGGUCUCCAAACUCUGCCACCGGGAUACCAAGAAGUUCUUGUGCUCGCUCUUCGCUCCGGUGUGCCUACCGGAGGGGCCCGUGCGCCCCUGCCGUGGGCUGUGCGAGGCUGUGAGGGACGGUUGUCUCCCCGUGAUGAGCGCAUUUGGGUUCCCGUGGCCCGACAUGUUCAACUGCACCCGGUUCCCGUGCGGGACCCAUCUCUGCAUUCCGACCACGACCCGAGACACAGAGUGUGCGCGGAAGGGAGAGGAAGAGGGACACGAGGGGGUAUCAAAGGGAACAGUGAUCUGUGAUGCAUGCAGUCUGGCCGCUGAGGGAGAGAAAGACAUCCAGAACAACUUCUGCAACAGUCCAUAUGCCUUUAAACUGCGUAUCGGGAGUGUGUCUGUGGAGGGCGGUGACCGCAGGAUAGUCCCUCUGGGCCGGAGUCGCAUCCUGAGGUGGGAGGGUGGAGGUGCGGAGAGGGCCGAGGGCGUCGGGGGGGCCAUGGCCUACAGUGCCCUUUGGCUGCAGGAGGGGGGUACCUGCACCUGUCCUCCCCUGGAGGAGGCAGAUGGGGGAGAGGGAGAGGGGAAGGGGUCCCUGGCAGGGGUGUGGUACUUGGGCCUUGCUGGCGCACAGGAGGGCAGGCUCGUCCUCUCUAGUCUGGUGAGGUGGAGGAGGGGGGUCAAAGAACUCAAGAAGUUCAUCAGGAGACUGCUCAAACAACCCUGCUAAUUAUGUCAUCAAACAAGCAUAGAGAGACUUCCCAAUUUGGCCAAUUGGAUGCUGAUGAGAGGACACCACAGCCCUGUUACAUUUCAGCCUCUAGGCCUGGACUCUGUUUCUUCCAUAUCCCGCUCAUAUUCAUAUCACCUAGCUCUGGAGAAGUGGUGCCUUCAUCAUAUCUAUCCAGUCCAUUCAGAUCUAUGAAGACCUGUGGGGAAGGGGCUAGGCAGAAGGGAGACCAUCAGAGGACCAGUGUCUGUGUGGUUGGAUCCAUGUUCUGCACACCUGUCACAUAUGAGACAUUUGGAAAAAUUCAAAUUAUGUACAGUGUUGUGUAUUACUUGCUGAAUAUUAAAGAAAAUGUUUUUUUUAAAUCAAAUGUGAGGACAUGAUUAUGAUUUGUGUGAGCCGAGUCAGAGGACACAGUUACCAGUGAGGCACAGAGCAGCAUUAGUUCCAUUCAAAGCAGAGUAUUAUUGUCUGAUAGUAACAUCAGAGACUGCUGUGUAACAGUGUCUAAUAAACAUUAUAUUGAGCCGUAAA